AUGUGCACGGACACUCGCUCCAAGAAGGCAGAUCUUUUCGAGGGGGGCAACCUCUGGAUGCCCUUCCCGUGGGAGUGGGGGCAGAUGCGGCGCAAUCGCGAGGCGAGGGAGGCGGCGAAGGCCGCCAAGGCCGCCAAGGCCGCCAGGUCGGUGAUCUUGGUGCAGGACAGCGACGAUGAGAACACUAGCCCCCGCACCGAUGCCAGGGUGGUUGACCGCGCGUCGUUCUCCGACCUCUGGUCCGCCAGUGACCCUGAAGCGACCCCCAGCAGGUCCAGGAAGCGGUCUCUCGCCUCAGUUGUGAAUUCGACCCCUAAGCUGCCCAAGCGCCCCCGCUACAAAGUUCAUGCCUGUGGCGUGUGGCUCCCGAAGCUGAGAG